GGUCCGACCCUCCUCCAGCCCCCGCCGCGCGCGGAUCGGGGACGCGAGCCAUGGAGGAGAAGGCUUCGCCCCCGCCACAGGGCUGCAGCAAGCCGCACUUGGAGAAGCUGACCCUGGGCAUCACGCGCAUCCUAGAAUCUUCCCCAGGUGUGACAGAGGUGACCAUCAUAGAAAAGCCUCCUGCUGAACGUCAUAUGAUUUCUUCAUGGGAACAAAAGAAUAACUGUGUGAUGCCUGAAGAUGUGAAGAACUUUUACCUGAUGACCAAUGGCUUCCACAUGACAUGGAGUGUGAAGCUGGAUGAGCAUAUCAUUCCACUGGGCAGCAUGGCAAUCAACAGCAUCUCAAAACUGACUCAGCUCACCCAGUCUUCCAUGUAUUCACUUCCUAAUGCACCCACUCUGGCAGACCUGGAGGAUGAUACACAUGAAGCCAGUGACGAUCAGCCAGAGAAGCCUCACUUUGACUCUCGCAGUGUGAUAUUUGAGCUGGAUUCAUGCAAUGGGAAUGGGAAAGUUUGCCUUGUCUACAAAAGUGGGAAACCAGCAUUAGCAGAAGACACUGAGAUAUGGUUUCUGGACAGAGCCUUGUACUGGCAUUUUCUCACAGACACCUUUACUGCCUAUUACCGCCUGCUCAUCACCCACCUGGGCCUGCCCCAGUGGCAAUAUGCCUUCACCAGCUAUGGCAUUAGCCCACAGGCCAAGCAAUGGUUCAGCAUGUAUAAACCCAUCAACUACAACACAAACCUCCUCACAGAAGAGACCGACUCCUUUGUGAAUAAACUGGAUCCCAGCAAAGUGUUUAAGAGCAAGAACAAGAUCAUAAUCCCAAAAAAGAAAGGGCCUGUGCAGCCUUCAGGUACCCAGAAAGGGUCCUCAGGACCCUCUGGUCCCUCUACUUCCUCCAAUUCUAAAUCCUCCUCUGGCUCUGGAAACCCUGUCCGGAAGUGAGCACCCCUCCCUCCAACUCCCCAGCAGCUCCAGAGUGGUGGUUUCCAUGCACAGAUGGCCCUUGGGAGUGACCUCCAGUUCUGUAUGUGGAACCAUAGGCCUCUUUCCAGCUGAAUGACCAAAAUUUUAAGUUUUUUGGUCCCACUGACAUUAGCCAGGAGUUGGAAGCUCCUAGUGAUGCCUCCCUCAGAGUCCUUCCUCAUACCCUUCACAGCAGGUUGUGCUGUUCCCUGCCUUGGGAACCAGUGGGGAAUUUGGGGUCUUGUUUAAGUGGCCAAAUAAGUCUGGUGGGUUCUUUCCUCUCCUUCAACACUCGUGCCUCAAUCCCAUAGCACUGGUUGGAGAAGUCCACCAAAUAAACCACUGGUUUUGACCCAUGAAGAAUUAACUGCAUUGUUCUUUCAGGAGCCACUAGUCACAUAUGACUAUUUAAAUUUUAAUUAAAUUAUAUGAAAAAUUCAUUUCCUCAGUUGGAUUAGCCACAUUUCAAGUAUUCAUGCAGCUGGUAGAUUCUAUAUUAGCAUAAAGAUAACGAACAUUUCCGUCACCAAAGAAAGUUCUGUUGGACAGCGCUACAUGAGAAUAUUUUCAUACUGCUCUUCCUCAGAUCAAUUAAUUUUUGUUGUUAAUGUUGAUGUCCUAAUUUGACGGAUCAUAAUGUUCUAUUAAACUUCUCAAAUACACAACUGUACGUUCUUUGUAUUCCUUACCACGGAUCUCUUGCUCUGCUCGUUUCUUUUGCAACUUCCUAUAAACUUCGUCUUCCUCAUCA